AAAAAAAAAGCCGCAACAGAACUUUGGCUGUUUCAUUCACGGAUAGCUAACUGUCUUUCUCAUUUGAUGUAAGAAUUAGGGAUAUGAUGUAAUAUAUCGUAAAGGAAGUAGAACGGCAUCAUGGAGUUCUCCGCAGAAGACGGAGAGACACCCAAUGUCCUUGACAUGACCACCAGCGAAAAGGUGGUGGAUCUUUUGAAUCAGGCUGCCUUGAUACCCACAGAUGAAAAGCUGGCAGUGCUCAAACAGGUUCAGGAGCUAAUCAUCAACAAAGAUCCCUCUCUCCUUGACAAUUUCCUCGAUGAGAUGAUCGCCUUUCAGACGGACAAGUCCAUAGAAGUGAGAAAGUUUGUCAUCGGCUUCAUCGAAGAAGCAUGUAAACGGGACAAUGAGCUGCUCCUCAGGCUAAUUGCAAACCUGAACAUGCUGAUCAAGGACGACAGUGUCAACGUGGUGAAGAAAGCCGUUCUCACACUCACGCAGAUAUACAAAGUUACUCUACAGUGGCUGGUGCGAGCCAAAGCCGUGUCGGAUAUGCAAGAAGCCUGCUGGGACAUGGUGACGCAGAUGAAAGGCGACGUCCUAGGGCUGCUGGACUCGGAGAACGACGGUGUGCGGACUCACGCCAUCAAAUUCACCGAGUCACUCAUUGUCACCCUGUCGCCUCGCGUGGCCGACUCGGACGUGCCCAAGAGGCAGGAGAGUGACAUCAGCUUGGACAAAGUACCCAAAGACCACACAUACAUCCGCUACGAUGUUUUGAGUGAUGAGGGAAAGUCAGCGCUGGACAAGCUGCUGAAGUUUAUGGUCCAUCCUGCUAUUUCCAGCAUUAACCUGACCACUGCACUGGGCUCACUAGCCACUAUCGCCCGCCAAAGGCCCAUGUUUAUGUCCAAGGUUGUACAGGCGUACGAGACGUUACACGCCAAUCUUCCGCCCACACUGGCCAAGUCGCAGGUGAGCAGCGUGCGCAAGAACCUCAAGCUGCACCUGGUGGCUGUGCUCAAGCACCCAUGUAGUCUGGAGUUCCAGGGUCAGAUCAGCACUUUGCUGUUGGACCUCGGCAUGCCCCAGAGCGAAAUCACACGCUCCACGCCGGCGCUGAGGGAGCAGCGCAAGAGGCCGCGGCAUGAUCAGUACACAGAGGGGAAGAAGGUCAAGAUGGAGCAAACACUGAUGGAAGAUGAUGAGGACAAGGAGGAGUCAGCCCCUCUCUCAGCCCCCAAGCCAGCUCCUGCCCCAGUGGCACAGUCCGCCAUUGACCUUACUGCCGACUUCCUACGCCCGCUGCUCAAUGCUGAGAAUGUCGCCAAUCUGGUGUUGAUCAGCAUGGUGUAUCUGCCCGACACCAUGCCGGCAUCCUUCCAGGCCACAUACACGCCUGUGGAGUCGGCAGGGACCGAUGCCCAAAUCAGGCAUUUGGCCCGGCUUAUGGCCACGCAGAUGACUGCUGCUGGAAUUGGUCCAGGAUUAGAGCAGUGCAAAGCGAGAGAGAAUGACUCGGGCAAAGAGGAUGGCAACGAGGAUGACGCAGGCACCAGGGACCUGCUCAUCAAGCGCAAAGUCCCUGUGAUGGUGGGCCAGGCCAUCUCCGUUGUGGGGGGUUACUCUGAUAAAGAAAGGGCUCCCAACCCCGCCACUGUCAAAAGGCUUCCAGAGCCCAUCCUUCCGUCGGCACAAACCAACAGAAUGGCCGGGCCGACUGGAAGGAAGAAAGUCUUCAGGCUGUCGGACGUGGUUCAGCCUUUAUCGGACACGCAGAUUGAGCAGUUGACCUCCAAGACCAUCAAACGCAUCCUUCAUUCUGAGAAGACAAUUACUCAAAGUGGGAUGUCCCAUGUCAGAGUGAAGCUCCUCUCCAAGCUGGUGACACAGUUCGAGGGUGUCAUGAAGGAGGACGUGCUACACUUCAUUUUGGAGGACAUCCGCACCAGGAGCGAGCUGGCCUUUUCGCUCCUCUAUCAGGAGUACAACACUUACCUAAGCCAGCUACCCUCGGGGCUGCUGGACAGCUACGACCAGUGUCUGUACACGCUGCUGUCUGGACUGCAGGAGAAGCCCGAGCAGAAGGAUGGACUCUUCACCAAACUGGUACUGGAGGCUCCCAUCAUAACAGAGUCGGCACUGGAAGUAAUCCGACGUUACUGUGAGGAUGAGUCGCGGGUGUAUUUAGGCAUGACUACGCUCAAGGAGCUCAUCAUCAAGCGGCCUUCAAGGCAAUUCCAGUACCUACACGUGCUACUGGAUCUCAGCUCUCAUGAAAAGGAAAAGGUGCGGACAACUGCCCUGGCUUUUUUGAAGCGCAUGUAUGAAAAAGACCAACUGCGGGACUAUAUUGAGAAGUUUGCCUUGAACUACAUGCAACUUCUGGUCCACCCCAAUCCCCCAUCGCUGCUCUUUGGGGCCGACAAAGACACAGAGGUGGCGUGCCCCUGGACCGAAGAGACAGUGCGCCAGUGUCUUUUCCUCUACUUGUCUCUGCUCCCGUUGAACCACAAGCUGGUGCACGAGCUGGCAUCUGUCUACACCGAGGCCAUCGCUGACAUCAAGCGCAGUGUGCUUCGAGCCAUAGAGCUUCCCAUCCGUGGAAUGGGCAUGAACUCUCCCGAGCUUUUGCUUCUGGUUGAAAACUGCCCAAAGGGUGCAGAGACGCUUGUUACCCGCUGCCUGCAUAUUUUGACAGAUAAAGUGCCUCCGUCUCCAGAGCUGGUGGAGAGGGUGCGGGACCUUUACCAUAAACGCGUGCCAGACGUUCGCUUCCUCAUUCCCGUCAUCAAUGGACUAGAAAAGAAUGAAGUCAUCCAGGCUCUUCCGAAGCUGAUUAAACUCAAUCCCAUUGUCGUCAAGGAGGUGUUCAAUCGGCUCUUGGGAACCCAGCACAGUGAGGGAAGUUCGUCUGUGUCUCCUCUGACACCAGGAGAUCUGCUGAUCGCCUUGCACAACAUUGACUCCACCAAAUGUGAUAUGAAAUCUAUCAUUAAAGCAACCAACCUGUGCUUUGGAGAGAAGAACGUGUACACGUCUGAGGUUCUGGCGGUGGUGAUGCAGCAGCUGAUGGAGCAGAACCCUUUGCCUAUGCUGCUCAUGAGGACCGUUAUCCAGUCUCUCACCAUGUACCCGCGACUCUGCGGCUUCGUCAUGAACAUCCUUUCCAGGCUCAUCAUCAAGCAGGUGUGGAAGUAUCCCAAGGUGUGGGAGGGCUUUGUCAAAUGCUGCCAGAGAACCAAACCUCAGUCAUACAGCGUCCUCCUGCAGCUGCCUCAUGCCCAGCUUAGCAGCAUCUUUGAACGCUGCCCAGAGAUGAGGGAACCCCUGCUGCACCACGUCCGAUCCUUCACACCGCAUCAGCAAGCUCACAUCCCAGCAUCCAUCAUGGCGGUCUUGGAAGCCAGUAAAAAAGCAGAAGCCAAGCCGGUCGAACCCGUGAAGAAAGAGGUGCCCCACAUUGAGAGGGUUCCUGUUCCGGCAUCCCCCGUCACCGCGGAGGAAGAACCACAAGCGCCAGCACGGGAACAAGAAUCACAUACCGUCAUGACCAAUGAUAAUGUGGAGGAGGAGGAGGAGCCCAUGGAGCAGGAACAAGCAGAGCCAGUGAAACACGAGACUGUGAACAUCCCCUCAGAGGUGGAGUUGCUAAGAGCUCAUGGAACGCCAACACCUGAACCCGAAGCGGAACCUGCACAUGAACCUGAAGUUGACCCAGAGCUUGAACAUGAGCCAGAACCUGAAACAGAAGCCGAACCUGAACCCGAACUCAAACCCAAACAAACUGAGGAACCAAUGGAGACCUCUGAAGCGGAACCUUUGCAACUUCAGGAGACGCUAAAAGAGGACGAGGAUGAAGAUGCGUCUCAGGACGUUGGGAGCGGUUGUGAAGAAGUGGAAUGAAGAGCACUGGAAAUAAUGUUAAAAAAGAACUUUUUGUUUUCAUUAUGUUGAAUUGUAAUGUUCCCUCUGUUCUUUUUGUAUUUGGAGAAGCUCUGUUUUGAGUGUCAGGAAGGUUUCCAGAUGUUGCUCUGUCGUUGUUGACAAUAAAUCAACAAAACAA